UCAUGGAACUUCUUGUGAUCGGUGGACAGUGUGACGCUAAUGCAUAUAAGGAUCAAUGCUAGAGAUUUUUUCCGACGCCAUUCGAGUGUAUCUUUUCUGCGUAGCUUUUCCCGAAAUUUGUGACAAACAUAUAAUUAUUGAUGUUGUGUAUUUUAAAUAAAAUAUCGUCGUUGAAAAAGAAUAAAGUUUGUAAAAUCCAGAAAACCCUGCUCAUCGAUUAAUUUCAAUAUUAAGCAUCGAGACUCUUCUUCGCAAGAACGAUACAGAGAACGCUUAAUUAAGUCCUUAAGAAGUCCGAGUGAUCAAGAAUCGUUCCUACAGCAGGAUGGGCGAUCGUGAAACCAAUACCAAGGACCUCGCUCACCAGAAGGAGAGUCCUCAUAGAAGGUUUCAAGACAACGAGAACACUGAGCUGAAUCAAAGCAUGGAGGAUGAAACGGAAACUCCAAUUGAAGAUCCGCAUCAAGAACGGGACCAACAAGACAAAUACAGCUCCAAAGAGGAUCAUGUCGUGGAAGAUGUGAACACAACGGACAAUCGGCAGUUCGAAGUGGAGAAAAGCAUGCCUUGGCUACGAAUGGAUCCUACCGACAAGAAUCUCUCCAAGCAAAUGUUUCUGUAUUUGACUCAUAAGGAGUUGACGAACAAAAUUGAGGAUCUAACUAUGAAAGAAUCGCAUGCUUGCAAGAAACAAUGCUGGGAUGUGGCGCUUAGACUAAGGGAUAUGAGAAACAGAUUGGAAUUGCUUCGCGAGAAAAAGCUGUACAGCGUUGAUAAUCUUGUUUUGGAUGAGGAGACGAAGAAACUAGGACUGAUGAACAUUGAUAGAAGAGAGAACGAACUUGCUGAACGCGAGGAUGCUUGUACGGAUUCAGAGAUGUACAGCGAGGGUGCCAAAAUACUGUGGAAGAAAUGGAUGCACGAAGAUGAAAGAUUCGUGAUCGAAGAUGCGCGACUGCAGAGGGAGAAGUUGAUGAACAUUUUGGAGAAAGAAUGGCAGGGUCUCGCUAUCCAUGACAAGGAACGAAUUACUCGAUCAUAUCAGAGUGUGAUACACGACGCUCUUGUCCAAGAAGAACAUAAACUCUUGACUUCUCUUAACGCGGCUAAAGCAAAAUCUUCUCCUACAUCCUUGAAAUAAGUCCUAGAUCCAUAUUUCGUUAAUUUGUAGGCUUGAUUAUAUUGUAUCAAGCUUAACAAUAGUUUGCGUUUGAAUAUUUUGUAUUGAGUCGAUUUUCGUCGCCAAUAUUCUAUGCUGUAUUAGGUGUGUUGCAAGUAAAUUAUUAAUAUGUUUCAGUCGUUCAAAAGUAUUGUUUUAUAACUUGAAAUGUAUUGCAUUUAGCACAUAAUAUUGAACGCUAGUAAAGACUCAUCAUAGUCUAUAAUUAUAUCGGUACUACAAUUUUAUGAAUAGGUGAUAUCGAAGCCAUUCCAGAUUAAUAAUUAUUAUUCAACUCUAUAUUAUACUCGAAUCUUGUUCACGCUUGUAAAAAUUAUACUCGAUCGAUGAAAGUAAUCUGUAUUAUUUUUAUUUAUCAUUUUGAGCUUGUCAUUAUAGUCGUAUUUGUACUGGCAAUAUCACGGUAUUGUUUCCUAUAUUAUUAUAGCUUUUUCAUUCAUUGUCGCGUUUGCAAGUCUCGGUUAUAUCAUAACUGUUUAAAACGGUACUUCAACGACGAGGUUACUGUACAUUGCAUUAUUGAAGAAAUAAAGUGAUUACUGUAGAAA